AUGAAUGCAAUACAUAUAAUUAUGGCAACAUCAACAUCUGCUAAUCCACAUAAUUCACCAAAUGAACGUAUUGAAAAUAUUGCACGAAAAAGAAAAAUAUCAUCUAUAACAUUUUUUGCUUUUGGAAUUCUUCUUAUUAUAUCUGGUUCAUUAUUAGCUUCAUUGGAAAGUCAAAGAUUUUCUGUAUCAUUUAUUAUUUUUGGUAUUAUUGGACUUAUAUUUGCUUUUAUGUAUUGGAUAUCAGCCGAAAAAAUCUUAAUAGAAUUACGAAAAUUUAAUGCUGAUCGAAUGAGACAAGCACAAUUACAAGCUCAAAAUUCUGGUGCAAUUUAUUUAAGAAAUAUUAAUAAUAGAGAUGUCGAGGAUUCUAAUCCUACAAUUCAUGUUGAUUUACCAAGUUAUGAACAAAGUGUUGUACCUCAGAUAGAAAUUCCACCGCCUUAUGACGAAGCAAUAAAAAUCAAAUCAAUAAAUACUUCUAAUGAUAAUUCUAAUCAACAACUAUCAUCAAUACCAAUACAUUCAAUAUCUUUAUCUGUUGAUCAAACUAUAAAUGCUACAACAACAAUAUCUAAUGAAAUAGUUAAUCAACAACAACAACAACAAUUAAUAACGAAUUCUUCAUCGUAA